CCCAUUGUAUGCCAUGUGACCAGAGAGAGCCUUGAAAUUAAAAAACAAGUCAUCACCGCACGGGGAAAGAGACAUUCGAAGUUGCUUUAUGUGCACAAGAACCCGGUGGUUUUACUAACUAUAUUAUACUUUGUACAUCAGUCGUACGUAUUUGACAGGCACUGUCGACCUAAUGCCGUGGUUGUCAUGAUUCCUUCGUUUCGUUUGUAAAGUUUUCUGGACUUGCUGGCCAGCUAUCAAGCUCACUUGGUCGGCAACAUUGUAGCCUGCUGUUAUAGCUUCAACAAUCUUCCCCCCGCUGGAGAUCUGCGACUGUUGCAAGUCGGUUUUGGGCACUUCUGUCAAAAUAACCAUGAAUGGAGGAGGCUGUCACAUGAGUGGCGAAGGAGGUGACAGUCGCGGGGGUGAAUCUGGAUCAAGACCCACUAUCACGCUAGAGGACUUGGAUGCCUUCAACGAGGAUGACUUCGAUUCAGACCUCUGCAGAAGCGGGGGGGCGGAUGGGGUAAACGAUGCUAUGGAAGAAGAGGGUCAGGAUCGCCUGUUAAACUACUGGCAGGACAUUGGCAGAGAGCAUCAUGUUCAAAUUCCCCAGGACAUGGCCCAGCCCAUCCAACAGCUCACCUCAGACACAGAGAGCACGACGGACAGGGAGAAAGUCCCCUUCACACUGAUCACAUGCAAAGAGAAUUAUGAGAAGAGAGUCUACAACCAGGCCAGCUGGGCGUGUAUCACGGUGCGAGAGGACACGUACGAGCAGAGCAUCUGUGCCGGCUUCAUGAAGCUCAUGAGAUAUAUCUGCCAGCAGAAUACCUCCGGUAACUACCUGGGUAUGACCCUUCCCAUUGUGACAGUGGUGAGGACUGAUGACUCCCACUCCAGCCUAUCCAGAGAUGUGACGGUGGCCUACUACUUACCAUCCCAACACCAGGACCAACCCCCCACGCCCUUUGAUCCUGACAUCACCAUGGAGACAUGGCCUGCCACCGUAAUCUACAGCAGGUCGUUCAGUGGACCCACUACUGAGACCUCUAUCCUAGGGGAGAUCCAUGCUCUGGGCGAGGUGCUGGACUCUCCACAGCUGUGUGUGAGUGAGUCCUUCAUCGUGGCCGGCUAUACCAGCCCCGCAGCCGCACACCGACACAACGAAGUCUGGUUCCUGGAGCGCUGCUGAAGUGGCUAUGUAGCACUACAUUAUUAACAAAGUAAACAAAUGAUAAACACUCAUUAUAGCGAACCAAAUCGAAAGCCUCACACAAACCAAAAAUAGCAGAAUUUCAUAAAAUUGGGUACAGUUUACGUCAAGGAAACGAGUACACCAGUAUGCUUCAUUUUUAAAAUAUAUUUUAAUUGGGCUGUGGUCUCAGGCAGAUGAUAUAUAAUACAGUUUUUUACGAUCACUUUGGCACAAUUUCAGAACCAAAACUCAAAACGGUCUUCACUUGUAUCACAGGCUGUCCCAUGUUCAAAACAUUGCAUUGUGCAUUCAUAUAUUUAAUGAAAUCUUGCACUUGCAAAAUCAUUAUUUCAAAUAACAAAUUUAUCAUGAAAUACCAUAGGAACAUUAAUUUAGAUCACCCACACACAAGAUCGAGUUUCACUAUGUAGUUGGUCGUACAAACAUUAUAUAUUGUAGUACAAAAUAUGUGAUACAUGUAGUACCAUAAUGAAACAUGUAAGUACAUCACUAAAAUAACUAGUAGAGUGAAUACUAGACACAGUGGAAUCAUUGAACAAAAUGAGACAUUUAUUGAUGAAAUACAAUAGUCACAACAGGUUUCUUUGAAUCAAAGCAUAAAUAAUUAGCUCCAAAAAAAUUAAGAAACUACAGUAAAACAUCAACUGCAGUGUUCCUCACCUGGCUUACUGUAAAAAGCUAAACAAAGGAUUGAUUACUGUACUU